UUUUGCUUUCUCAAAAACCCCGAGUCCAGUCCAAACCUCCGUCGCAAGAAGGUCUCCUCCUCCACUCCGGCCGCCGAGGCCGCUCCACUGCAAUGCUCCGGGAUCCACGGCCAUGGCCUUCCUCAAGACCCUGAACCCUCUCAUACGCAGGAGCACCACCCCGAUCUCAAACCCCAGGCCCCUCCUCUCCCUCCACACCUUCCUCGCCUCAUCCUCCCCAACCACCAUCAGCCCCGCCGCUGCCUCCCCCGCAGCCGCCCCCUUCGCCGGCGCGGCGCACACCCACGUCCCCAUCCGGUCCGGGGGCCCGCUGUUCCUCUCGUCGCCACCAUGGAUGCUCUCGCAGUCCGCGACGCCGCUCACGGCCGCGGCUGCCGCCCUUCGCGCCAAGCUCCGCAGGGCCCAGGCCCUCGCCGGCGGCCGCGCGCAGGCCGUCGCAGACGCCGUGCGGUGGGACCACAGGCGGAUCUCCGGGGGCGGGGCGGAGGACGCGCCGUCUGCGGGGAUUGUGGGAGGUGGAGGUGAGAGGUUUCUGAAUGCGCCCAAUUUGGUGUCGAUUGGACGCAUGGUGUCAGGGCCGGUCAUUGGAUGGAUGAUUGUGAAUGAAUGGUAUCUUCCUGCCUUUGCCACAUUGGCUGUCUCUGGUGCAAGUGAUUGGUUGGAUGGCUUUUUAGCAAGGAAGAUGGGCAUCAAUUCUGUCUUCGGAUCAUAUUUGGACCCUCUGGCUGACAAGGUUUUGAUUGGCUGUGUUGCUGUAGCCAUGGUUCAAAAAGAGCUCUUACAUCCGGGUCUUGUUGGUCUGGUUGUUAUGAGAGACUUGCUCCUUGUGGGUGGUGCUUUCUACAAACGGGCUUCUAGUCUGGGAUGGAAGUGGAACAGUUGGUCAGAAUAUGUUAACUUGGAUGCGAUUCAUCGUGAAAAGGUCGAACCUCUGUUCAUCAGCAAGGUAAACACAGUAUUCCAGUUAAUGUUGGUUGCAGCUGCACUUCUGCAACCAGAGUUUGGCACGGAGGAGACGCAAAAUUACAUUACACUACUGAGUUGGCUUGUAGCUACUACAACAAUCACUUCCACGAUAGGCUAUGGGGUGAAAUACUACCGGAUCAAACCAAGGAGUCCAUGACUGUUGCUGCAUGCACUUGUUUCAUGGAUGAAUUUGUCGCUGAUGAUGAGGACAGGCAUCCAGUGACUACUGACUUGUAUCAGGCAUGCAUCAAGUCUUAAGCUGUGCAAACUUCCCAUUUUACACAUGCAAGACUGAGUCUUGUAACCACCUCCACUCCCAUGGCUUCUCUGAAAGUCAAAUAUUUUGGGCAAAAAUUGGAGGAAGAAGUGAAGGACCAGUGCAGGAUUUGUACAUUAUUAGACCUUGUGCCUCUCUCCUGUAGCUGUUAAGUUUUCUUGCUUGCUACUUUCCCCCUAGUUUCAGCCUAGAGUGCUCAUCGAAAACCAGUAGAAUCUCUGCUUUGCUUUGGCCAAACACCUCAGUUCUGUUGCCACCUUGCCGGUGUACAUAUGUACUUCAGAAUAUUUUAACUGAUUUAGAAAACCAUGUCGGAUGGAGGUCGAUAGGUGCUGUACUGCUUGCAGAUAUCUGCAUAAAUUUUGUUAAGAAGAUUUACGACUAUCCGUGUACCAACACAACUGUUGAGCUUAGUCUUCUUUUCUUUUUAGCCACUGGAAGAACGGAAAAAAAUGUAAGCAUAUUAUUGUGGUACAGAUCAAUCGGGGUGCUGGACUUGGAGA